GCGGCGAGGGCCGGGGCCUGGCGGCGCGGCCGGCCGAGGCCCGCGAUGGUGAUCUGCUGCGCGGCCGUGAACUGCUCCAACCGGCAGGGCAAGGGCGAGAAGCGCGCCGUCUCCUUCCACAGGUUCCCUCUCAAGGACUCGAAACGCUUGAUCCAGUGGUUAAAAGCUGUUCAGAGGGACAACUGGACCCCCACCAAGUACUCGUUCCUGUGCAGUGAGCACUUCACCAAAGACAGCUUCUCCAAAAGGCUGGAGGACCAGCACCGCCUGCUCAAGCCCACAGCCGUGCCCUCCAUCUUCCACCUGACGGAGAAGAAGCGGGGGCCUGCAGGGCAUGGCCGCACCAGGAGGAAGGAGGCCAGCAAGGCCAAGGCGGGCGUGAGUGGACACGGGAGCACGGCGGCCAGUAGAGGAGCCGCGGGCUCGUCAUCCUCCGGUGAGACCUUGAUGGCCAAGCCCGAGGCGCGCAGGCUGAAGCGCGCUGCUCUGCAGGGCGAAGGCGCAGCCAGGGUCCCAGAGGAGGCUGCCGGGCAAGAGCAGACCCCGCCGUCUCCGCAGAGGACUCCUGGAGCUGGACUGGCCCCUGUGGCGGGAGGCAGCCAGGGAGAGAGAGGAGGGCCUGCCCCUGAGGCCUGUGACAGGAACCCUGCCUGCGCUGACGGGGCCGUGGCAGACAAGAGCGGCAUCUCCGUGGAGGACUUCUCCCCGCCGGGAUCUGGGGCCUGCAAGUUCAUCGGCUCCCUGCAUUCCUACAGUUUCUCCUCCAGGCACACUCGAGAGAGGCCGUCCGUCCCACGGGAGCCCAUCGACCGCAAGAGGCCGAGGAGAGAGGUGGAGCCGAGCUGCAGUGGGAACAGCCUGGGCCCCGACAAGGGUAUGGCCCAGAGUCCCCCAGGCUCGUCGCUCACGGCGACGCCCCAGAAGCCUUCCCAGGGCCCCUCCUCCCCUCCCGCCGACGUCCCCCCAAAGCCAGCCGCAGAAGCUGUGAAGGGUGAGCUCAGCGAUGCCAGCCCCAUGUCCAUCAACGAGGUCAUCCUGUCCGCGUCGGGGGCCUGCAAACUCAUCGACUCGCUGCACUCCUACUGCUUCUCCUCCCGCCAGAACAAGAGCCAGGUGUGCUGCCUGCGCGAGCAGGUGGAGAAGAAGAACGGCGAGCUGAGGAGCCUGCGCCAGCGGGUCAGCCGCUCCGACAGCCAGGUGCGCCAGCUGCGCGAGAAGCUGGACGAGCUGCGGAGACUGAGCCUGCCCUACCUGAGCGGCCUGCCGCCCCCCAGCCGUGAGCCUCCCAAGAUGAAUCCAGUGGUGGAGCCGCUGUCCUGGAUGCUGGGCACGUGGCUGUCGGACCCCCCGGGGGCCGGGACCUUCCCGACGCUGCCGCCUUUCCAGUACCUGGAGGAGGUGCACAUCUCCCACGUGGGCCAGCCCAUGCUGAACUUCUCGUUCAACUCCUUCCACCCCGACACGCGCAAGCCGAUGCACAGGGAGUGUGGUUUCAUCCGCCUCAAGCCCGACACCAACAAGGUGGCCUUCGUCAGCGCACAGAACACAGGCAUCGUGGAGGUGGAGGAGGGCGAGGUGAACGGGCAGGAGCUGUGCAUCGCAUCCCACUCCAUUGCCAGGAUCUCCUUCGCCAAGGAGCCCCACGUGGAGCAGAUUACCCGGAAAUUCAGGCUGAAUUCUGAAGGCAAACUUGAGCAGACAGUCUCCAUGGCAACCACCACACAGCCUAUGACUCAGCAUCUUCAUGUCACCUACAAGAAGGUGACCCCGUGACCUGGAGUGGAGCUUCAGAGCCCUCAGGAGGGGGCUGCUGGCUCCUGAGUGGUGCCCAGAUGUUCCUGUAGUGGCGUAGAAAACCAAAUAAAAGGCCUUUAUUUUUA